AUGGCGACCCCAAUUAUCCCUCUACUCCUUUUCUCUCUCCUCGCCGUCACAGCCUCAGCCCGUCCCUGCAAAACCCUCUUCUAUUUCGCAACCACCACCACCUAUUACCCUUAUUCCCGUUCCCAAAACCCUAACCCUAAUGAUGCUAAUUUCCUUUUGCAAAAACCUUCUUCCUUGUCUUCGCCCCGUUAUCUCACUCUUAUCUUCACUACCACCACUACUCGAUUCCCUAACCAUCAUCCAUCCCUCAAUUACAACGAUCGCCCGAGAGAUCUUGAACACGAUAUGCUUCCCUACAAAGGCCCCGUUAAGUUAUACUCGUCAGUAUCGAGCUCGAUUAGGGAUCGCACCAAGGACAUCAUGAGUGUGGUUGGGGCGCUGCUGUUCGGGGUUGGUUGCGGGGUCCUCACGGCCGCCACAAUGUACUUCGUGUGGUCUUUGUUCUCUCCCCACCGCUUUGACUUUGAUGAUGAUUCCUCCUUUUCUUCUGAUGAUGAUGAUGACGUCACCUCCGCCAAGAAGAUGGGAUAUCUGGCUAUUCCUACCAAGACCAAGGUGGUUGAUGAUGACCUCAAGAAACUUCCAUCCCCAGCUAAGGAUGAAGUCUGA